AUGUCUUGCUCUGCCUAUUUCCUGAAAUAUUUACUAGAAUCAGAUAUGUUUUUCUCUUGGAAAGAAAUUGUUGCUGUGUUAGGAAUGACUUUAUUUGAAGUGUGGGUGCAUGUAACCUCAGUCGUUGUUUUUCUUACUCUUGUAACAUUACAGUUGGAUGGUGUAAUUGACCAGUCAUGGUGGACAAUAUUUGUACCUCUCUUUGUUGCAGAUGCUAUGAAUGCAUAUUUUGCUAUGAUUGUUGCAAUUAGAUUACAUCUAAAUGAAACAAACCCUAUAAAGAGGUCAGCUUGGAGCUUUGUGGCUUUGGCCUUGUUGUUUUCGUUUAAAGUUAUGCUCUGUAAAAAAUUGUCUGGGUCUCAGACCUUAGAUUACUCUGAGAUAAUGUCACCUAUAUUUAUUUUCCUUCAACUUGUAGUUGUGCGAACAAGGACCCACUUGUGUCCACCCACUAUGGCCUAGAUUCUUUCUGAUGAGGUUUGUGUGGAUGUUCUAAUUUUUAGUCUGUGACUGAUAGCAUUUAGAUGGUUAGUUGCUUUUUCCAUUAAGUACUUAAGUUAUCUUUCAAAGAUGAUUUUGGUAUGGUACAUUCUCUCCACCACUUGGAGGAGGGAGCAUCUUUCCUGUGGUUUCCUCGGUAGGGUCCAGCGUAAAAUACAUUUAUUGUUUGAAGAGACUACAUGUUUCCUCUAACUUAAAAGUUUUAUUUUUACAAAAUAGAAACAAAUUUAUUUUU